AUGCACGCGCAGGGCCACGCGAGGCCCCUCGCGGGCCCGGCGGGCGCGCGCAGCGGCUCCCGCCCGGCAGCUCGAAUUCGGUCCGCGCCCCGCUCUGUGCGCGCGCGCUCCGUGCCGGAUUCGCGGCGCCUCCCGGGCGCGGUCGAUCCGCAGUUCCUCCUCCCGGCGCCCAAGGGCUCGCCGCCCCCGCGCAAGUCGUCCAGGGUGUCCUCGUCGCACGCGGCUCCGUAUGCGGAGGAGCCUGCCUCGACCAGCGGGCUGGUGACGAAGGACGCGGCGGGGAACCUCCUGUUCAACCUCCCCGUGGAGAUGAGCCAGCUGCUCGGCCUCCGUGGCAGGAUCCGCUACCUCGACAGCGAGAUCACGAGCGCGUACGAGGCGGCCAUGGCGCAGCCGGUUGAGGAGGGCUUCAGCUCCACCGCCGUCGCCGUCCGCGAGGGCCUCCUCUGCGACGCGCGGGACUCCCUCCGAGCCACUGCGGGCCUCGCGUCCUCGGGACAGGGCUUCCAGGUGACGUGGUCCGACCUGCCCGGCGCGCUCAUCCUCCUGCUCGAGAUCGGCGAGUACGACCUCGUCCUCGAGACCGGCGCCCGCGUCCUCCGCAUGCGCCAGCUGGUGUCCUUCCGGCGCGACCUGGCGCUGGCCAUGGCCCUCGCGCACUGCGGGCGCGCACAGGAGGCCCUCGCGUUGCCGGACCAGGUCCCCCUCGCCUGCGCGCGCAUGGAGGAGGCCCUGAACAUCCUCCGCGGCGCCGGCUCGCCGCCCCUCGCCCCGGGCCUCGAGACCGAGAUCGAGAGCGCCCUCGGCGAGCUCGUGCCACACUGCGUGCUCGAGCAGCUCGACGACCCGCUCGCGCCGGAGACCCAAGGGAACCGCGCGCAGGCGCUGGGGAUCCUGGGGAUGCUGCUCGCGGACCCGGACGCGGCGGGCGCGGUGGAGGUGGACGCGGGGUUCGCGUCGCUGGCGCUGGGGAAGCUCCGCGCGUCCGAGGUGGUGGACCUCAUGGACUGGGGGGCGGUGGCGCAGGACCGCGCGGCGUUCCCGUGGGCGACGCCCGCGCUGCUGCUGGCCGUGGCGCGCGCGUACGUGACGUGCGGGUUCGUGACGCGGCAGGCGGGGCUCGUGCGGCAGGCCGACCGGCUGAUGCGCGCGUCGGGCGCGCACGGCACCGCGGACCUCGCCGGGGCCGAGGCGAUGGACCGCGCGUGCUGCGCGGUGCUGAUGGGCGACGUGGCGCGCGCGGAGAUGCUCCUCGCGGACGCGGAGCGCGCGGGGCGCGCGGCCGGCACCGGGCGCGGCGCGUCCCGCGACCUGCCCGCGCCGCAGAAGGCGCUCGGGUUCGUGCGGAUGAACUCCCCGGACGCCGAGGACCUCCUGCCCGGCAUGUGCCUCCUCGUGGAGUCCUGGCUCGCGCGCCUGUGCUUCCCGGAGUGCCGGGACACGAGGGAGGACCCCCCGGACCCUGCGCUGGUGGCCUACUUCGGCGACAGCCGCGUGUCGCACUACCUCUCCGUGCACGACGCCGCGCACCCGCGCGCGCUCGUGCGCGUGAUCGAGGGCGUCGAGGACGCCGGCGCCGCGGUGCGGCGGGUGUGGCGGUCGGUGACGGGCGCGCGCGGAGCGGUGCGGGACCGCGCGCGCACGCGGGCGAGCGCGGCGGGUUCGCGGCCGGGGUGGACGUGGGCGCGGCGGGUGCGGCGGACGAGCGGGCCGCGCUGGCGGGGGCGCGCUCGUCGUGGCGCAGCACGGCGGCCCUGGCGCCGCUUGCGGGCGCUGGCGCCCGUGGGGAAGGUCGCGGCCGCGGCGGGCGCGCUGGCGGCGGCGGCGGCGGCGGUGACGGCGGUCGGGCCGUCGCUGGGGUCGCAGGCCAGGGAGCGGCUCGUCCCCGCGCGCGCGUACUUUGCGCCAGACAGCAGCUACUCGCAGCGGACAGGGGGGGGGGUGUACAAGGUCGACGCGAUGGAGAUGCCGGCGAGCGACCGGCUGACGGCGAAGGACGCGGAGCGCGUCGUGCGGCGGUGGCAGCAGGUCAAGCAGGAGAUCAUGGGCCCCGGGUGCCGCACGGAGGGCCUGGACUCGGUGGUGGGCGACCCGCUGGCGGGGGAGUGGCUGGAGCGGGCGCGGGACGCGCAGCGGCGCGGCUGGUUCUGGAAGUACUCGCUGGAGUCCCUGCGGGUGCUCCGCGUGUCGCCCGUGGGGCCCUCGGGCGGCGCGGGCGUCGUGCGGCACCUGGGCGAGGGGCAGGCCGGCGCGGCACUGGUGCGGUGUCGGGUCCACGAGCGCGCGACGCUGUGGGGCAGGGACGGGACCGUAGAGGCGCAGUACAGCAACCCGUACGAGAUCGAGUACGUCGUGCGGCCGGUGCGGGGCAUCUGGAAGAUCACUGAGUCGCUGAUCCUGUAG